ACAGCUGCAUUGCUUUCAACUUAAUUGAUAUACUGCAAGAAUUGGCAAGCACCAGCCAUUGUUACGCUUCGCUUGCUGACCAAGUUGAGCAACGAUUCUCACAAUGUCUUCCGUAAGUCCUACCGUUUACAAUUGAAAGACCGUCCUCAGAAACUGAUAAACUUCAAGGCUAGUUACUAUGCUGAUCCCGCGACGGCAAGCAAAUAUGCUACAGAGCUGCUGGUUAAGGCUGGUCUCUCCGAGGAAGACGCCAAGUCAAUGGCGGACUGCCUGGUUUUGGCCGAUGUUCGUGGUGUUGUGAGUAUUGACCAUAUCUGCACUACGUGAUUCUGUCUAACAGAUAAAAGGAUACCCAUGGUAUGGCCCGUUUACCUCAGUACCUUGACAGGGUCAGCAACGGCCGGGUCAACGCGAAGCCAAACCUCAAGUUUCUCGAGAAGACCCCGGUGGUUGCCCACCUUGAUGGUGACAAUGGUUUCGGCUUCGUGGUUGCCAGCAGAGCAAUGGAGUCAGCCAUCAAGCGCGCAGAGAUCUACGGCAUCGGCAUGGUCACCGUCAACAAUUCUAAUCACUUCGGUAUGGGCGCUACCUACGUCCUCCAAGCCCUGGAGAAGAAUAUGAUCUCCCUGGUAUUUACCAACUCAGCCAAACAAAUGCCUCCAUUUGGGGGUAAGGAGACUCUCCUUGGUAUCUCACCUUUCGCUGCUGGUGCUCCUUCGAAUAACGAAGUCCCCUAUGUUCUCGACAUGGCUCCCUCGGUUGUUGCUAAGGGUAAGAUUCGCCGCGCAGCGCGUCGUGGCGAGUCAAUCCCUGUUGGAUGGGCAUUUGACGCUGACGGAAACCCUACCACCGACGCAAACGUGGCUCUGAACGGUAGCAUGGCGCCCAUUGGUGGUCCCAAGGGUUCCGGGAUUGCCAUUCUGAUGGACGUCAUGUCAGGUGUUUUGACUGGCGCUGCUUUUGGUGGUGAAGUCGGAGAUCAGUACAAGGAUCCCAGGCCCCAGAACGUUGGACAUUGCUUCAUUGCCAUUAAGCCGGAUAUUUUCAUGACGACCGAUGAAUUCAGAGCUCGCAUGGACGUUUUGGCCCAGCGCGUUCAUGGCGUGACCCCGGCCCCUGGCUUCAAUGAAGUGCUUUUCCCUGGAGAGCCAGAGCAUCGCCUUGGUGCUCAGCGCCGCAGGGAAGGGAUUCCAUACGCCGAGGCAGAAAGGCAGAUGUUUGUUGAAGCCGCAAAUCAGUACAAUGUUGCUGAGCUCCCUCUGUCAGACGUCCCCUUAUCUCUGGAUUAUGGAAUAUACCCUCUGUACGUAACGGAAGAUGAUUAGAUAGUCCCA